AUGGAGAAGAUGAGUGUUUGUGUAGAGGAAGAGGAGGGCAGAGCAAAGUCUGUUAUGUCCGACUGUCUUUCUAUGAAGAGUGACCGGUCUAGAGUUGAACCUCUAGACUUCAGUAAAGAACCAGGACCCUCAGAGGAGAGCAGAACAAAGUCUGAUAUGUCUGACUGUCUGUCUAUGAAGAGUGACCGGUCUAGAGUUGAACCUCUAGACUUCAGAAAAGAACCAGGACCCUCAGAGGAGGACAGAACAAAGUCUGAUAUGUCUGACUGUCUGUCUAUGAAGAGUGACUGGUCUAAAGCUCCUCCUCUAAACUUCAGGGAAGAACCAGGACCCUCAGAUUCACAGUAA